CUUGCCACUUGUCGGGCUAUUAUUCAUAACACCAUUGGGGUUGGAGUGGAGGACGAAGACCGGAAAAGGACAUGGGUUGCCGACGCAGAGGAGUGCGAGAAAAGGGGUUCCAUUGAAACUGCCAGAGCUAUAUAUGCUCAUGCCCUUACAGUAUUUUUGACCAAGAAGAGUAUUUGGCUCAAAGCAACACAGCUUGAAAAGACUUAUGGGACCAGGGAAUCUCUUGAUGCGCUGCUUCGUAAAGCAGUGACGUACAUACCACAGGCUGAAGUUCUAUGGUUAAUGGGUGCUAAAGAGAAGUGGCUUGCUGGUGAUGUACCUUCAGCCAGAACGAUUCUUCAAGAAGCCUAUGCUGCUAUUCCCUACUCCGAGGAGAUUUGUCUUGCUGCAUUCAAGCUUGAAUUUGAGAACCAUGAGCCUGAGAGAGCAAGAAUGCUUCUAGCUAAAGCGCGAGAAAGAGGAGGCAUGGAAAGAGUGUGGAUGAAGUCUGCUAUUGUUGAGAGAGAAUCGGGAAACACUGACGAGGAGAGGAGGUUACUCGACGAUGGGCUGAAAUGCUUCCCUUCGUUUUUCAAACUGUGGUUGAUGCUUGGACAGCUGGAGGAACGCCUUGGUUACUUGGAAAGGGCUAAGGAAGUGUAUGAGUCGGGUUUGAAGCAAUGUUCCAGUUGUGUUCCCCUUUGGCUUUCGCUCGCUAAGCUGGAGGAGAAUAUGAAUGGGUUGAGUAAAGCUCGAGCAGUUCUCACGAUGGCAAGGAAGAAGAAUGCUCAGAGCCCUGAACUCUUGCUUGCUGCGGUAAGAGCUGAAUCAAGGCAUGGGAAGGGGAAGGAAGCAGAUAUUCUGAUGGCUAAGGCAUUGCAGGUGUGCCCCAAUAGUGGUAUACUGUGGGCAGCUUCGAUUGAGAUGGUCCCACGUCCGCAACGGAAGACAAAGAGCAUAGAUGCACUCAAGAAAUGCAACCACGAUCCACAUGUCAUUGCUAAGCUAUUUUGGCAUGACAGGAAGGUAGACAAAGCAAGGAGUUGGCUUAACAGGGCGGUGACUCUUGGACCAGACAUUGGGGAUUUCUGGGCAUUGUUCUACAAGUUUGAAAUUCAUUAUGGAACAGAGGAGACUCGAGCAGAUCUUUUGAAGAGAUGCGUCACUGCAGAUCCAAAGCAUGGGGAGAAAUGGCAAGCACUGUCCAAGGCUGUGGAAAAUUCCCACCAGCCCACUGAAGCCAUUUUGAAGAAAGUAGCGGUCGCACUUGGAAAGGAAGAGACUUCUGCUGAGGGAUGUGAAUUCUUGAGGGAGAAUGUAGACAUAAGUCCAUUGAAAUUGUUCAUUACCAUAGAAGGAGCAAGAGCAGAGAAGUUAAGAGUUCAGACACCUGGGCUAAAGAGCUUCUGUUCUUAUUUUAUUGCCAACACCACCACAUUCAAGUCCUUGAAACAAGAUUCCUGCAAUGUUUCCGAAGCCUCAACACUGCAUUUUCUGCCCACAGGGAUACGCAAGGGGCCUUUAUUCUGGAAUAUCUUGAUGACAAUAGGAUUAUACGGAUUGUCACAGUUGAUGGUGACCUUUGCAGCACAAGGAAGCAGCAGUAUCUUGGUGUUUCUUUGGCUAUAUCUACAUGGACAACAUUAUCACUUCAAAAGGCUGACAUGGUUUAACGAGCAAAGCUUCAUAUGGACAAGGGUUUAACGAUUUUCCGCAUGAUUAAGCUUCCCAACGAACU